GUGCACACGGUGUCAAUGACUCAUGCUGCUUCAACUCAUUCAUCUACUGAUCACUCACAGGUUGUGGCUGAGGCUCACGCUCUGCGCAACUCCGGUUGGUGGAUAUCGAGCGACCCAGCUACCUCUAACCAUUGCAGUUGGUGGGGCAUAACUUGUAAUGAGGCCAAACAUGUCACUGAGAUAAGCCUACAGGGUGACCCAGUACUCCCACCCCAUGGUGAGCUGAGUAAAUUAAAUCUUUCUUCACUUCCCAGCCUCAAUUCUCUCAUCCUUUCUGGAUUGGGACUCAAUGGUAGCAUAUCAGACCAAAUAGGUAGUCUUUCUAAACUCACCAAUCUUAAUCUUUCUGAUAAUCAACUGACUGGCUCCAUCCCACACCAAAUAGGUAGUCUUACUAAACUCACCAUUCUUGAUCUUUCUUAUAAUCAACUGACUGGCUCCAUCCCACACCAAAUAGGUAGUCUUACUAAACUCACCUUUCUUGAUCUUUCUUAUAAUCAACUGACUGGCUCCAUCCCACACCAAAUAGGUAGUCUUACUAAACUCACCAUUCUUGAUCUUUCUGAUAAUCACCUGACUGGCUCCAUCCCACACCAAAUAGGUAGUCUUACUAAACUCACCAUUCUUCAUCUUUCUGAUAAUUACCUGACUGGCUCCAUCCCACACCAAAUAGGUAGUCUUACUAAACUCACCAUUCUUGAUCUUUCUCAUAAUCAAUUGACUGGCCCCAUCCUACACCAAAUAGGUAGUCUUAUAGAACUCACCUCUCUUCAACUCGAUCAGAACAAACUCAUUGGUGGCAUCCCUUCAUCUUUAGGCCAUCUCACUAAGUUGACUUAUUUGAACCUUGGUUGGAAUCAAAUCAAUGGAUCCAUCCCUCCAGAAAUUGGAAAUAUUAAGGAUCUAGUCUCUUUGGACCUUCAUAGUAACUUAAUCAGUGGAGAGAUACCUUCAGUGCUAAAAAAAUUAAAGAGAUUAAAGUGCUUAGAUCUCUCGUAUAAUGGACUAUCAGGCAACAUCCCGCCCUUUCUCACCAACAAUAGCAACUGGAGGACAAUUGAUUUAUCCAAUAAUUAUGAUUUGGAGAGUUAUACACCUUCCUUUCUCAAUGGAAGAGAGAAUGCCCAAGUUCCAACCGGAGACACAACAUCCCAACUCACCAUUAUCACCUCUUUGCUCCUCACCUUGUUUUUUGUAACCUUAAUACUUGGGUUGGCCUUCCUUUGGUGGAAGAAAAGAAAAGUUCAACCAGAUUCAAUGGCAACCAAAAAAAAUGGAGAUUUGUUUUCCAUAUGGGACUAUGAUGGGAGAAUUGCUUUUGAAGACAUCAUCUCGGCAACAGAGGAUUUCGAUAUCAGAUAUUGCAUAGGCGUUGGAGGCUAUGGCAGUGUUUAUAGAGCACAACUUCCCAGUGGAAAAGUGGUUGCUGUGAAGAAACUUCAUCGAUCAGAAAUAGACGAGCCGGCAUACUUGAGAAGUUUUAAGAAUGAGGUACAGAUGCUAGGACAAAUACGACAUCGGAACAUUGUGAAACUUCAUGGUUAUUGUCUACAUAAUAGGUGCAUGUUUCUCCUUUAUAUGUACAUGGAAAGGGGAAGCUUGUAUUGUAUGCUGAGCGAUGAGAUUGAGGCUGUUGAAUUGGAUUGGGUUAAGAGGGUGAAUAUUGUUAAAAAUAUGGCCCAUGCAUUAUCCUACAUGCAUCAUGAUUGUAUCCCACCAAUCAUUCAUCGGGACAUAUCAAGCAAUAACAUCCUUUUAGAUUCAAAACUUGAGGGUUUUGUAUCAGAUUUUGGCACAGCGAGAUUAUUAGACCCUGAUUCCUCAAAUCAAACCCUUGUUGCUGGCACCUACGGCUACAUUGCACCGGAGCUUGCCUACACAAUGGUUGUGACCGAAAAAUGUGAUGUAUAUAGCUUUGGGGUGGUGGCACUAGAGACGAUGAUAGGGAAGCAUCCUGGAGAACUUAUCACUUCAUUAUCAUCAUCGUUAUGUCAGGAUAUAAUGUUGAGGGAUGUAUUAGAUUCACGUCUACCACUUCCUGAAGAUCUUCAAGUUGCUAAAGAUGUAGUUUUUGUGAUACUUUUGGCUCUCAAAUGCAUCCAUUCAAAUCCGAAAUCUCGUCCAACAAUGCAACAAGUAUCCUACAAACUUCUUAGUAACAUACCCUUUCCUAAGUCACCCUUUUAUGCAAUUUCCCUCCAUGAAUUGAAGAAUCAAGAAAUGUAAUUUAACAACUUGUGCUUGUUAUUUUUUUGUUUCUUCAUUGUGUUUGGAGGCUAUAAUAAAGAUGGAGAUGUCAUAAAGAACAUAUUCUUUU